GCGGCGCCGUGCGUGUGACGCCAUCAGCUGAGAGGGUACGUGGCAGUGACGUCGCGGCCCGCCCUCUUUUCGCCUUGUUUGGCUGUUCGAUGCGGAGGCCGGUGUUCGGAGCCGAGCCGCCCAGCGACGCCGAGAAACGCUCCGGGUCCGCGGGAUUGCCACAGGUUAUGAGCCUCCAUGAAUACGAGGAAACGCCACGGCUCCCGAAACACUGAGGAAGGCGUUUACCUGGGGCCGUCCCAGACGCAAGCUUUCUCUCCGCGUGGGGCCCCUCCCGUGGCGACCGCCGCUGCUGCCGCCGCCCCCAUCAACCCUCCCCAGCCACAGUGGGACGCCAUGUCGUGUCAGGACCGCACCCACGAGUUCCGCUCGGCCUGCAAGUCCUUGCAAAACAGAGAAAAUGGGCUUCACAUCAACAAGCCGGCGCAGAGUGGAGCCAUCCGACAAAGAAGUGAAUUUACUCUCAUGGCUAAGCGCAUUGGGAAGGAUCUCAGCAACACUUUUGCCAAGCUAGAAAAGCUAACCAUUUUGGCCAAACGGAAAUCGCUCUUCGACGACAAGGCGGUUGAGAUAGAGGAGCUGACUUACAUCAUCAAGCAGGACAUCAACAGCUUGAACAAACAGAUCGCGCAGCUCCAGGAGUUCGUCAAAGCCAAAGGCUGCCUGACCGGUAGACAUGUGCAAACACACUCCAACACUGUGGUGGUUUCUCUGCAGUCGAAGCUGGCUUCCAUGUCCAACGAUUUCAAGUCCGUUUUGGAGGUGCGGACGGAGAAUCUUAAGCAGCAGAAAAGUCGGCGAGAACAAUUUUCUCGUCCCCCGGUGGCCAUCUCUGCAAACAACCUAGGGGGUUCCAGCGUGCUUCAGGACGAGCGCCGGUACUCGGGAGACGUGGCCAUUGACAUGGACAAUCGGACGAGUCAGCAGUUGCAACUCAUCGACGAAAAGGAUUCGUACAUCCAGAGCCGGGCGGACACCAUGCAGAACAUCGAAUCGACCAUCGUAGAGCUGGGCUCCAUAUUUCAGCAACUGGCACACAUGGUCAAAGAACAGGAGGAGACGAUCCAGAGAAUCGACGCCAGCGUGGAAGACACCCAGCUGAACGUGGAAGGCGCCCACAUGGAGAUCCUGAAGUACUUCCAAUCGGUCUCCUCCAACCGGUGGCUGAUGGUGAAGAUUUUCCUCAUCCUGAUCGUCUUCUUCAUCAUCUUCGUGGUCUUCUUCGCCUGACGGAGGAGGGGGGGCUUUCUUGACCUCCUGUCCCCUUCCUCGUCGUCCUUCCUGAGCCGGACACUGGACACUGCCAUGUUUUUUGCGAAGCCAGCCGGCAAAGAGAGGGGUGGGGGUGGGGCGGGGCCGCGCCUCCAACCCGCGCCGAAGACCUUCCGCGCCGCCUUCCCUUCGCUGCGGUUCCUUCGGCCAGAAACACAAGGCUGCUCCCUCUGUUGGGGAGCACGAGAGCAUUUUGGGACGAGGCUGCGGACGACCUCGCAGCAGACCCCCCCCCCCGACCCCC